AUGACAAAGGCGCCAAGUCAUCGAACGCGAGACUCUCCAUCCUGUCAAAUGUCGUCGUCCUCAGUUCCCGGCGGCCCCAAAUCAGCGCUCCGACGCCGUGCCAAUCAGGAGCGUCAGGCUGCUUCAGCAUCGGAGGGUCCCGCUAGCACCCGUUCCGCUGGCGCUGGCGGCAGCUCGAACACUCUGCUCAAGCUGUACACGGACGAGGCUCCCGGCCUCAGUGUCGACCCGGUUGUUGUCAUGGUUAUGGCUGUAGGCUUUAUUUUCUCUGUUGUGGCGUUGCACGUCAUUGCCAAGCUGUCUGCCAAGUUUGUUUAG